ACGUUUCGGAGCAGAAAAGGUUCGAAUACACUAAGUUUCCAAUCUUAUUUUCAGUAGAAACCGGUGUACGUUAUAGAAAGAUGUCAGUCCUGCUUGGCGUGUGUGACCAACCAGUAGCUUGUGAGGAUGAAACCGUGUCAUCUGUGACAGCGUUCACCAAUAAGAUCGGUGGCCAGCCGGAUUUCUAUGACUACAAGUUUGCUAUUCCAUCAUGCCCUCUUUGUGGAAAGCCCAUGCUGCUGAUCUUACAACUCUACUGCCCAUUGGAUGACUCGCGAUACGAUCGCACCAUCUAUGUGUUCACGUGCUCAGCUCCUAGUUGCUGGAGUAAGGACAGAUGUUGGAAAGUGAUUAGAAGUCAGAAGCUGUCAAUGAUUCAACGUUCAGAAAGCAAACCAGCAAAAAGAGACGUCGAAGACAACUGGUGUGACUCGGCCGACGACUGGGGAGAGUCUGCUGAUACAGUUGCCAUGGCAACUGUCGAUUCAAAUACAGAUAUUUGGGACGUUGGUGAGGAUAAUUGGGGUGAGACAGAGGAGGAUGAAAUAGCCCCGCUGGAAAAAUCGGACACUCUCGAACUGUGUGAAUCUAGUUUGAAAGAUGACUUUGUUGUAACUAACAGUGCAGACAAUGGCUUUGAACUGAGCAAAUCUGACCCAGACCCAAAACGUUGUGACCUUGACAUUGAUUUCAAACAGAUGAAUGUUGGUGACGAUCUAGAAAGCUCUGCAAUGGAUGGCAUUGUCCCAAAUCACUGCCAGCCGGAAGACGUUGCUAUGGAGACGUGUAAACAGAGUAUUCUGUGGAACAUUUUGAAGCGCGACGAUGCCGAGGUCACAACUCUUCCACCGUCAGUGCCACAUCGGGAGAACACUGAAGUGAAAUCACUUGUUGCGUUUUAUCUGUCUGCUUUUGAGGAACCGAAAUCUGCCGUUACAGAGGAUAAGCAUAUUCAGCGGCUGAUGAAUGAUUAUUCAAGAAGAGAGGGAUGUGACUUUGAGAGGAUGCUGGAUGAGUCUGACAGUGCAUCUGGUGAGAAGUAUGAAAAAGCUUCUGUACGCCAUGGAGAUCAUGUCUUCCAUAAGUUUAUGAAGAGAGUGUCCCUGUGUCCUCAGCAGUGUCUUCGGUAUUCCUGGUGUGGUCACCCUCUGCCAAUAUCCAAGAUGGCUGCCACCCAAACUAUCCAGAGAUGUUCCUGCGGCUCUGAAAGAGUAUUUGAGUUUCAGCUCAUGCCUGCGCUGGUGAACUUACUGAAAUAUUCGGCAGAAGCGCACACAGACUCAGCACCUCCAGUGGAGUUUGGGACCAUCCUAGUCUUCACUUGUCCUCAGAGCUGUUGGAAGGAGGGAGACAGCAUGCAAGAGGAGGCGAUCAUUGUACAGGCUGAUCCUGAUCAGCAUCUGUUCAAGUGCUGAAGGACGCUAUCACUAGCGUUGGGAAAGCUGGGGAGGGGUUGGUGUUAGAGUUUAGGAGGGACUUUGUCUUCCAUGCCGUCUUCGAGGGCAAAACGAUGAUGUUAUAUGAGUUCAACAGCCCUGUACCCAGUGACAUCAGAUGCCAAAUGACGCAAAGUAGGUUCAAUGUGGCUGCGAGAUGUGUUGCACCGUUAUGCCAUCCUUGGAAACAUAUUAGCCAUACUGUCAAAAUUUUGAUAGUGAUUUGCAAUGGUUUGUAUUCAUGCUGUG